CUCUCUCUCUCUCUCUCUCUCUCUCUAUUUUCUCUCUAUUCUCUUUUAUACGAUGUACUCUUAUCUUUAAUUCUAUAUAUACAUAUGUUAUGAACAAUAGGCAACUUCAUCAUACUCGAUCUUCCUCUGAAUUGAUAUAUUUAAAUAUCUGUGAAAUAGUCGUGCGACGACCCUAGCGUUUGUAAGAUUUGAAUAGAGAUUAAUUUUUGUAAUUUUAUUCUGUAUGCGCUUUGCUUUUGUCUAUGUAUGGGAGAUUUAUCAAUGAACACAUUGAACGGUCAUCGAAGAAGAAAAAAAAUGCUUUGUUUAAAUACGAACAUUGGCUUUUUUCAUUGGCUAUACAAAAUUUAAAUGAUAUCGAAUAAUAUCCUAAUUCAAUGAUUUCGUGAUUAUUAAACGAAGUAUAUUAUGCGGUAGAAUGAUUUACAAUUAAUAAUGAUGUCAUAUAAUAAUAGGUGUGUCUGAACGGUUUGAAGGUUAUGUACAUUGAUGAGAGAUUUUAAACGCAUUACGAGUUGAUAUAUGAUACGUUGGGAUACUUCCUUUUAUAUUUAAAUAUCGGUAUGAAGAUUUAUUUUUUUAUGUCAAGUUAUAAUUAUCGCGAGUGAUAAGAUGUUGAAGACUACGAUUUUUUGAGAUUGAUGAUAAGGCAAUCAACAUAUAUUUAUAUCAACAUUUAUUGUUAAAAUCAACAUGGUUCUUAUGUUUGUGUGUAUAUAUAUAUAGAGAUAACAUUAGACUUUUCCAAUGGAUAAAAUUCUGCAAAUGGUUGCAGAAUAAAUUUGAAACUGGUAUAAUGAAUCAACUAAAGAAAUAUAGAUCUGUUUAUUAAAUUUUAUCUUUUAAUAAUUUCAAAAAUGCAGCAGUGCUGUGUAAGCCACCAAGUUCAAUUAUGGCUUUUACUAUUACUUCUUUGUGUCGCAUAUUGUGGUGCCGACAUUUUAGUGUUCUCAGCAGGUACCAGAUAUCAAGUAGAUGAUGAAUUUAGAGAUAUGCCAGCAAGAUUUGGUGGCUUUAUACCAUCUGAAGGGAUUAAGGGCAUGGUUGUUUAUGCUCAACCUCCUACUGCUUGUCAUGAAAUACAAGGCCCUCCAAAUGAUACGAGUUACGAAGGGAAUUGGAUAGUUUUAAUUGCUCGGUAUGAGUGUAAGUUUGAAAUUAAAGUACGAAUGGCACAAAAGGCUGGUUAUGAUGCUGCCAUUAUACAUAAUGUGAACAGCAAUGAGUUAGAGCCAAUGUCAGCCGAAGAUCCAAUAGGAAUACAAAUACCAUCUGUUUUUGUUAGUGAACUUACAGGAUUAAUUAUCAAAGAAAAUUACUUGUAUGAUCAAUUAUAUUUUGUAUUGAUUAACGAUGAUUUACCAUUUAAUAUUAAUACACAUUUGCUUUUGCCAUUUGCAAUUGUUGUUGGAAUAUGUUUUUUAGUCAUGGUUAUUUUUAUGAUUGUCAGAUGUAUUAAAGACAGAAGAAGGCAACUCAGACAUAGAUUACCAAAUUCAAGUUUAAACAAAAUUCCAACUCAUAAAUACACGAAAGGUGAUCCUUAUGAAACAUGUGCUAUUUGUCUAGAUGAUUAUACAGAAGGGGAAAAAUUAAGAGUGUUGCCUUGUGCCCAUGCUUACCAUAGCAAAUGUAUUGAUCCUUGGUUGACAAAAAAUCGUAGAGUAUGUCCCGUCUGUAAACGAAAGGUUUUUGCAGCAGACGAGCAAGUUGUUACAGAUGAAAGUGAUUCGGAUGCUGAUGACUCAACCCCUUUGAUACGAGAUGGCUAUCAAGGAACUCAAGGGGGAACAUUUAUACGUCAGAGAGAAAAUCCUUUUAAUAGAUCUAGGAGAACACAACAUAGGCAGGAUACGAAUAAUUCUAGUAGUGGUUCAGAUUCUGAGUCAUCUUCAACAUCAUCUGAUGAUGAUGGUAGUAUAAGUACUGGGGAGCCUUCUGGUGGAAUAGUUUUCAUGGUUUCUGACUCACAUAGCAUUAAUGGCGAGUUGCAAGAUUUAGAACGAUCUGUAAGCAGUACAAGACCACAUACAGUUAACUUAUAUACGGAGACGCAAGAAUUUCCUGUUCCUGUGGUACAAAUCACACCAGCCCGAAAUACAAGGGUUUUAGUAAAUUCAGCAACUUUAAAUCCUGAUCAUCUUGCCAUAGCUGCAGACAAUAGAAGUGCAAGUACAACUUCUAUUGAUUUUGAAAAAAAUGAUGUUGCAGCAUAAUAAUAAUUAAUUGGAAAAUUAGAUCCACCAUCUUUGGUCAUGUUAAACAUCAUUAACAUGAGAUAGCAAGUUUGCUACAGGAUAUGGAAAAUAAUAAUUUGCUAAAGAUAUUUUUUGACAUGUUAUUUUACCUCAAGGGACUGUAACAUCAAAUAUAUUUUUCUGCAGAUUUUUUCUGUAUUCUGUUAUAAGAGGUGAUACACAAAUUGCUUGUACUGAUAUAUUUUUGCUUACAUUGAUAUAUAUCUAUCUUGUUAUAACUUAUAACUUAUUAUAUAUAAAAUCGAACUUUAUUAGAAUUUUUUAAUUAUGUUGUAGAAAUCAUCACGUGACAUUUAGUUUAAUUGGAAGGAUUAUUGAUUUCACAGAAUACCACUAAUUAAUUAAUUGUAAUCAGUUAAAAUAUUAGUAUUGGAUAUAUAUAUAGUAAUACUGAAAAUGUGAUAUAAGCUGAAUAUGAUAUAUCCUGUUAAUGUUAUGGUUUUGCAGUGAUUAGGAAAUAUGGGAACAUCGUUUUGUAUAGUACCUAUUACUUUAUAAUUAUUUAGAUCUAUUUAAACAUGCACAUGUGCAUUAUGAUUUUAAUUAAACUUUCCAUUUUACUGUACUUGCAGAAAGCUAAACAAAAGAGCAUCAUUUUUCUUGCUUUAUGCAUUAUAUGGUUUUAAGGGAUCUUUGAAUACUUGUAUUCAUUGCAUUAUUACGACUACGAAAAUGGACAAAAAAGAAUAAAUUAACGUAUAUAUUAGAAUAGUGUAUAUUUAGUAUUUCUAAAAGUGAAAUCAUUUUUAUAGAAGUUAUCAUAUAUAUAUAUAUAUAUAUAUAUGUACAUACAUAUAUAUAUAUACAUCAAAAAAUUCCAUUAAAACCAUCUAAAGUGGGCAAAACAUAUUUCUUAAAAUUCUUUUUUAUAAUCAAGCAAAAUAAACAUCAUACAUAUGCAUAUACAAGUUAAAGAACUAAAGAUUAAAGUACAUCUUUCUUUGGAUUGAUAAUGUAACAAAAAUAUAAUUAAUUUUUUUUAUCUUAUUAUAAUAAAAUAUAUUAAUAUAGUAUUAUAACAUAUAAUAUAAUAUUAUACUCCGUGUACUUAUAUUUUUUACAUGACAUUUUAAUAUGUAUGAUGAAUUCGCAUUUUUUAUAUAAGUACAUAUAAUAUGCUCAUAAUCGUAGAGCAAUAUAUCGAAUCUUGAUUAAAGAGAAAAAAGUGAUUUUUAUUUGCUUUUUUUUUCAAUCAAAAGAUAGGUGUAACUUGUACUAGUUCGAUAACGAAUCGGUGGUAUAUGAAAAAAAUCAUAUGUCUCUUUUGUAUAAUUUUUAUUCAGGAAAACAGUACGCCCCCUCAGGAAUAUUGCAGAGUCUAAAUAGUUCAGACGGAAUAGUAUCAGAUUUUGCAGAGAUGUGUAUUAUCUUUUUGUAUAGUUAUCAAGAAAAAACCAGAACGUCUUCAAUGUACAAAUAGAUAUAUAUAUAUAUACAAUCAUUUAUCUAACAUUGUUCGACGAUCACUGGUGAUAUUGUAAAAUGACGAAUGCAACUGAUGAUAAAAUCUAUAUAUUACAACUUUGUAAAUAUUACCUGUUUAAAUGUAAAAAUUUAAAGACCAAGAAAAUAUAAUUAUUCCUUUUUUCAUGCAGGA